AUGGACUCAUGUCCACACCCCAACUGCACCUUCAAGCCCGACUGCCGCUGGGAGAACCUGAAGCGACACCUGCGCCGUUCAGGCCACUGCCCACAACUGCUAGUGGAAACGAGCGAAGAAUACAAGUCGUACCGCGAAGGCGUUCGACGCGAGAUAGACGACUGGCACAAGCGAAACGAAGAUGGAGGCCUAGGAAAGGCCGGUAGGAGGAAGGGAAGAUCGUAG